AUGGCCCUUCCGGACCAACCCGAGCUCCAGGCGAUUAAUCAGGUGGCCGAGUCUCUCAGCGGCUGCGAGCGCAGGGUCCUCUUCUACCUGUGUGAAAGCCUGGACACGGAUCACAGUACGACCUGUGCGAAGGAGAUGCUGAGAGCCAAGGUCAUGUGCCACGACAGAGGUCGCCUGUUUCUGGCCGAGCUCUUGUUACAGCUGAGGCGCUUCGACAUCCUGAGGAAAGUGUGCAGCAUCAGCAGGGAUGAGGUGGAGAGGACUCUUGGGUGCCAACAGGUUCUGCCCAGAUUCAGAGUAUUGAUGGCUCACAUAAGUGAGGAUAUGGCUGAGGAAGAUCUGAACAAUGUGAAGUUUUUGAUAAGCAGCACAUUGUCUCGUGAGAAGUUAGAGAAAGCAAAGAAUUUCCUGGAUGUGAUCAUUGAACUUGAGAAGCUGGACUUAGUUUCACCUGAAAGGGUCGACUUUGUCCAGGAAUGUUUAACAAACAUUGGCAGGGUUGACCUUGCCAAAAAAGUGGCUACUUACAAGCUUUCGGCAGUUGCCACACCUCCACAGUAUUCACAUCAACAGGAAAGUUGCAGAGCUCCUUUUCCAUCCCCCACUCUUCAUAGUUCGCGUUCUCUACAGCAAACAAGACCAGGACAGUCCCUCCAUUUUGGCCCAGAAACCACACCAGUGCGUUUACACACAGGGCAGAGCUGCCAGAGUCCACUGGAUGGGUACAGAUUUAACAGUAAUCCCAGAGGAGUUUGUGUUAUCAUAGACUGUGUGGGAAAUGACGGAGACAUGUUGGAACAAACAUUUAAGGCUCUUCAUUUCAAUGUGGCCCUCUACAAGUGGCUGAGUGUGGAGGAUACUCUCUCGGCUCUCAGAGGAAUCUUCCAACAGAGAGAGAACCUCAAAGGUGAUGGCCUUGUCUGUUGCCUCAUUAGCCGUGGUACGGCAGAUCACCUCCUAGGCAUAGACUCGUACAUCACAGGUCUACACCUGGACAGUGUCCGACGUCUUUUCACCACUGAUGCGUGCCCCAUGAUGGCUGGCAAGCCCAAACUGUUCUUCAUCCAGACGUACAGUGUCCCCCAGUUCCAGCCCUGUGCCGGGAUGUACCAUCAGGAUGAGGAUCUGGAGACAGACGGGUGUUGUGGGCGCCCGAGCCAUGAAUACAUCCCUACAGAUGCAGAUGUGUUCUGGAGUCACUGCUGGACGGACGAACGUCAACUGGUGCAAGAACAUCAUCGCUCCAUUUACCUGAAGGCUCUGACAGAUACCCUACUCAAGGGCCAAAUCAGGAAAACUAAACUUGUUGAUAUUCAUACCGAGGUGAAUGGCGCCAUCUUUGAGCAUAACAGAAGGAAUCCUGGCGCAAACUACCACAUUGAUCUGAAACAUACGCUAAGGAAAGAUCUUUACUUACAAUAGAGGAUUUUAAUAAAAUUGUGUCCAUUAAAUCCUCAAUAAUGUCAGAUACACACCAAGAAAACACAUGGUGUCCUGCCUCUGAAGCUUCCCCCCCACUGUGUAAACAGUGGCACCUACUGGCCAUAUUUAUUUAAAACAGUUAUUUUCUACAAAUGUCAGAGAAGGAACUUUUUUUUAAUGUAUUUAUUUGUAAUGUGUAUUUAUUUUAUAUUUGGAAAUUCCCACCCAGUAUCUUUUGUGCAUAUGUUAUAAUAGUAGUAAUGAGUACAUGUAUUCAUGUGUACUUUCAUAGUUGACAAAUGUACUCACAGGUUAAAACAAUAAUGGUAACAGUAACAUUGACACCUCUCCAACCCGACCCCCCAGACAUCAACAACAUAAACAACAACAGUUGCAUCAAGCCCAAUCAUUGCAUUGCAAUAGAAAAACAAAUGUCAAUCCAUGCCAGACGAACAUUUUUGAAGAGUAACACAAAGCGCAAAUAAGACCUGGAGUAUGUUCUAAUCCUGCUUAAGAUGCUGGUUUGUAAUUUUGAAGCAUUAAUGUGUUAAUUGUGUUAUACAGUGCAGCUAACCAUGUGGAGAUACACAGUGAAAAAUACAGAGUCAAAUUUUCUUUUAACCUGUGUAGAGAUGUGAAAAAAGUCAACACUAUAUAUGUGAUUGUGUUGCAUUAAUACCUUUAUUUAUUAUGUAUUUAUUAUUUCAAUUUGAUAUGCAUUUUUAAAGGUUUUGUGUUUUAUAAUAUACUAUUCAUUUUGUAGGCUACUAACCAAAACAUUCAUACUUAUUCUAACAAAUACAAGCUAUGUUUCAAUUUGAAAUUAUAUCAACUAUAUAUUCAUUGUUCAUUGUAGCUCAAGUUAUCUAAAAGCAAUUAAAUGUAUGUGUGCAUUUAUUACCUGCAAUAUGAUUUUACAAUAAGACUUAUCUCUCCUGGGAUCAACUGAUUUGUCUCUUUACAAGAAAAACACAUUGACGCCAUUAUAAUGUUUAUGACUGCCACAUUGCAAUGAAGCUGUUUCUUGUUUCCAAUUUCAAAAAGUUGAAGAAAUUUCACAACAUUUAUGGCAUACGUAUAUGGCUGUAUAAUAAUAUAUAAUAAUUCAUAAUCCAAACUAUUUCUUUUACGACAAGCAAUUUGACCUUAUUCAUUCAAAAUAUCUUUUGUUUUAAUUUAAAAAAACAUUUAGUAAUAUGUCUAUUUGUAAUUCCUUUUAAAGUGAAACUGUAUGUAAAACACUUGAUGUUGA